AUGCCGUCCCUGCUUGUCAUCGUCUUCGUUCUACAGCUGGCCAUCCAUCUCGUGAAUACCAUUGGUGCGUCUGCGGUUAACACGCUGCUAUGGAACCUGUAUAGCAGCCUCCCUACACCGACAUCCAAGGCCUUCAAGGACCAAAAGAAGCUCCAAGCGGAAUACCUAGCUAUCCGAAAAGACCUCAACUCCAUAAGCGCACAAGACCAAUUCGCCAAAUGGGCCAAGCUCAGCAGAAUCCAUGACAAAAAACUCGAGACUCUCGAGAAGAAGAAGGCCGCGCUUGACAGCCACAAAGCCAAAUUCACCAGCACCGUCUCGACCUUGCGCUGGCUCGGCACCAACGGCCUCCGCAUGCUGAUCCAGUUCUGGUACGCCAAGCAGCCUAUGUUCUGGCUUCCGCACGGCAGGGUCCCGUAUUAUGGGGAGUGGCUGCUGUCGUGUCCGCGCGCGCCGCUGGGGUCGAUCAGUAUACAGGUGUGGGGGAUGGCGUGCGCGAGUGUGAUACUGCUUUUUAGUGAUGCGGUGGUGGCGGUGAUGGGAUUGGUUAUGGUGGCCAAGAUGGGGGCUGGGAAGGGGCAGGGGAAGAAGAAGGCGGUGCCGAUGAAGGCUGGAGGGGAAAAGGUCAAGGUGGGAACGCCGGCGAGCACGGAAAAGGCAGAGGCGAAAAAGGAGUUAUAG